AUGCCCGCGCCAUCAAACUACGUUGACAUCAAUGAACAUUAUGCUAGUUUUGCCACAACUUCUCGUUUAAUUGCCUGCUUGACAAGUGAAUCUUUAGUGCCUGCUUACUUUGUUCCAUCACCUGCUUCUGUUACGGCAGUAAAUACUACUGACAAUUUCUCUGGUAUCUGUUUAUUACUUCGACCUACGGCCGCAGCAGAAAAUGAAGUACCUUCCAGCGUAAUCUUAGACUCUAUUCUGGCCGUCGUGCCUCUUCGCGGUCUUCCCAUCAUCAAUAAUGAUGCACGUGCAUCAUGGAACGGUGUUAGCUGUCCCCGUAUCGAUUUGGUAGAUAAUUUGGAUAUGCAACCCCAUAUUUACUGCGUUGAGGCCGACUCGUCUGCUGCUGUUAAGACUGAUCCUCAAACAAAUCAUGUCAAUUUAACCUUGACUAGUGUACUUGCGAAUCCACAGGAAAUUUUCCGCUUGCGGGAUGGUUUUGAUGCUGUACAAAUGUGGGACAUUUUUGCAAAGGAUUUGAAUGUGAAUCAUAAGCUGAGAGAACAAAUCAAACAAGAACUUGGAUCAUCUAUCCUUUUCCAAAGCUAUACCUAUAAACAUCCUAAACCCUUACCUGAUCUGAAUUCUUCAACCAUAAAAUGGGAGCAAUCUAUAGUUGAAGGCCAUGCGACUCACCCAAUGCAUAAAGCACGUAAGAGCUUUCCUCCUAUGAAACCCUUGACGCCUGAAUCAUACGAUUUUGACCAUCCCAAGGUCCGCCUUGUCGGUAUUCCAAGAGAUAACGCCGUUUUGAGAGGACAAUAUGAAGAAUUAUUCAAAGAUCUAGCAGACGCCUUUUUCCAAGCUGCCGGUGAUAUUGUGGAAGAGUCACAUAACAAAUAUGAUAAGGAUUAUGUUUAUAUUGCCAUUCACGAACUUCAGUUGCCCAACGUCGCGGAAAAAUUCCCUGAUUGCUACAUCUUUCCUGAAGCUUACUCAAUUACAGUAGAAGCUUUGGCUUCCCUUCGAUCUGUAGCUAGACCCGAUAUAUUAUCUGGUCGUAGCGUGAAACUUUGCUUGGGUAUUAAAAUCUCCUCCGCUCUUCGUACUGUUACACCUUUCACCACAUAUUUUGGCCCUGGAUUCUCAAAGAUUGUACCUUACCUGAAUUAUGACCGUGAAGUACUUGCUAUUGAACGUGAAUUGGGUACUAUCUCUUAUCGACAUGAGGAUACAGAUAUCGCUAAGCAUUGUAGUAGCGUUAUUCGUGAAGCUUUCGAAUAUGAUUCUCAAUACAAAGAUGAUUUAUUUGUACCCUGUGGUGCACUAGUCGAAAAAAUUCAAAAACCUGAUACUGAUGAAACACUUGUUACCCACGUUUGGGGUUUGGAUACGGAGAAAAAGAGAGUCGAUUUCUUGAAGAGAUAUGUUGAUUUAGCACUUCGCGCAUUUUUGCCCCCUUGUCUCGAAAAUGGUGUUGCAUUCGAAGCUCACGGUCAAAACACAUUGGCACGAUUUGAUAGAAAAACAGGCCAAUUAAAGGGGUUCGUUAUUCGUGAUUUCGGUGGUGUGAAAGUACAUAACGAAACAUUAAAGAGAACAACAGGGUACGAAAUUGAUGUAUUACCUGACAGUUGUGUAGUUGCAAAUACCAUCGAUGAAGUGUCUAAACUGCUGUAUCACACAUUGUUCCAUUGUCACCUUCAACGUUUGAUUCGUGUUCUAAAUCUUCACUACAAUGGAGUUGGUUGGGAAAUUGUUCGUAAUCGCAUGUCUGAAUUGGUACCAAGAAAUCAUGUUAUGUAUUCUUCUUUCCUCGAGAAGACCAAGGUUCCUGGUAAAUGUCUUGUAAGAAUGAAGAUUGAAGAGUUAUACCGUGAUGUAAGUAUCAGAUAUGUAUAUGUUCUGUAUCUUUUUUGGUAA